UUGCGUCGUCCCCACUUUCCGGCCGAGGGAAAAGUUAUGGCACCGCUGGAGUAGACUAGACUCUAGUUCUGCGUUCGUUCUGCCGUUGUCUAUAAAAGAUUGUGUGGUACAUUUUUUAUUUAGAACUCAAUGGCAAUGUGUUAGUGUCUCGCCUGCUUCGCCGGAUAGGUUAUCUUGUGCAUAAUGUAUAAUACAGUUGCAUAUAUAAAGUUAUUAUUACGUGUAAGGUGAUUGAUUGAUACUAGAUAACGUAGCGAUUUAUUUUAUGUAAUCGCAUGAAGAUGUACAAACUUUUUGUAACACGAGUUACAAAACAAAUAUCUCCACAUGGUGUAUCUUUCAUACCGAAGCAAGUAAUCGUACAACGUUCAAUGCGGUUGUGCUCUUAUUGUAACUUCUACCAUGGAAAGAUAUCAAAAUGUCACUCACCAAUAAAGAAAAAAGGUAAACAGAGAACAAAGAAGUAUACAGAAUUGUUAGCAGUUACUAAUGAAACAGCAAGUAAUAAAAGAACUGAAGUAAAGAAAUUAACAGACUUAUCCAUUCUUGUGGAUCAUUCUAAUAUUACUACAGAUAGUUUAUACGAUACAAAAAGUCCUGUAGUUCAUCAGACUUCUGAUUCAAAAUAUAUGGAAGAUGAUUAUCAUAAUUAUCUCUACGAUAAUGAAAUUCAUUCAAAUAUUAGAAAUUAUCCAAAUGUGUUAGCUGAUGAUGAAAUUAAAUGUGACAAAUUGCGUGAACACGAAAAUGAGUUUGUUAAUCCAAAUAAAGUUAAAAAAUCCAAUGAUGCUAUUAUUCAAGAAACUUCUAAUUCCCUCUUUGAUACAAAGAAAACAAAAAAGAAUAAAAAACCGGAGUCAAGUAUGGACAAGUCAUCAGAUUUUUAUAAAACUAAAAAUAAAUAUAAUAUGCAGAAUUACGUUGAAAGUUUAUUAGUGCACAUGCAAAUUUACUUGAGUUGUGGUUUGAUGAACAGAGCUAACAAUACCUUAAUGAAAUAUAGAAAGCAUGCUCAGAAUAAUUUGAAAUCCUGCAACCAAGUUAUUGAACUUUACAACGUGCUUCUGGAAGCUUAUGCCAGUAAAAGAAAAACGACAAAGGUUUUAGAGUUAUAUGAUUUAAUAAAAAAAGAUUCCUUGAAACCCACACCACAAACUUAUGCAUAUAUUUUUGACGCUUUCGGAAGGGAGAAAUUAGGCAACAAUCAACUUGAGUUGUUAAACAAGUUGAAGGAUGAAAUGAACAAUUACAACAUAUCUUUUAACGAUAUCAUUAUUAAAUCGUUUUUCAAAAUUGAGCAGCAAGAAAAUGUUUUAAAAACGAUCAGUAUGUUACAACCCAACUUCAAGCCAUCGUAUCCGGAGUUAAGUACAAAGUACAUGUGUAAAAUUCUAAGGCAGGCUCCGAUAAAGAGUAAUUAUGAGAGUCCAGCAAAAGAAUUAUUGACCAUCGAAGAAUUGCGAGACCUAUCAAAAAUUCAGUUUCAAAGUGAAUGUAUGAUUGAAGUAAAGAUACCUAGUAUUUGCAACGAUUCAGAAAACAAUGAUGCAAAAACAUCUGCAAUGAAUGAAAAAAUUAUGGAAGUAGAAGACUGCUGGAAGAAGGCAGCAACAACAGCUUUUGACAGAAAUGUGAAAUGUUUAAAGCAGAAGGAAUUGCAGUCUCAUAAUAAUUUAAUGGUACUCUAUCCAUUCUUCGAAGUUUUAGCUAAGGAGCAUUAUGUGAACGCUAUGUUACGAGAAAUCAAACAGUUGGCUGGUGGAUCAGAAACUUACAGUACGUCUCUCAAAUUCUUACACAUUGGCUUGGGAAAAUACAUCUAUAAGACGUACGAGAUGGAAAUGAAGAAACGGACUGGAGUCUUAGAUGAAAUGAUUAAUGUUUAUUCAAAAUAUCUCGAAUGGUACUUGCAACCUGAGAGUAUGCCACAUUUAAGUAACAUGAAUAAUCGUACCGUAUGGCAAUAUUUUGAACGCGAAGAAAUAAAAAAUGGCACAUCUCUGAAUAUCAUGUGUUUAAACUGGCCUAUAGAUGUGAUUAUAAAUGUUGGGAAGUUUUUAUAUAACAUUAUCUUGAAUGAUAUAAUACUUCCGCCAGACAUCUUAAAGGGACAAGAUUUAAAACAUUCUAUCCCUGCAUUCUAUACGCUGUUUAGGAAUAAGGGAACGUAUUUGUCAGAACAGAUUAAACCUCAUCCUUUUGUUUCAAAGUUAUACAAGGAAUCACAUUUAGAAACAUUAACGUUCGAUUCACUUGUCUUACCUACUUACGCACCACCGAAUCCAUGGAUUUCAAUCUAUUCAGGUGGAUAUCUUGUAACGAAAACAAGUUUUAUAAGAAUACCAGACUACACUGACCGACCAUGGCGUCUACUUCAAAAUACUCCAUCGGAACAAUUGUUUCCUAUAUUGGAUUCAUUGAACCAGCUUAGUUCUAUUCCGUGGAAGAUAAACACCGCUAUACUAGACAUCAUAACUAAGAUCUUCCAAAAAGGUGGAUCUGUAGAACUGAACGUUCCUCAAUCAAUUGCCGUAUUGUCACCGCCGCCUGCUAUAAGUAAAACUGCUACUGUCGAAGAGAAACAGAAAGCAGCGAUAGCGACAGCUCGAUACAAGCAAAAGAAAUAUGAGAUGUUCGCGUUAUGGUGUGACGCCCUUUAUAAACUAUCUAUCGCUAAUCAUUUUAGGAAUAAGAUAUUUUGGUUGCCUCAUAAUCUGGACUUCAGGGGAAGGGUUUAUCCAGUUCCUCCGCAUUUAAAUCAUCUAUCGUCGGACUUGGGCCGUUCCUUACUUCUGUUCGCAAAAGGGAAACGUUUGGGCCCGAAUGGUUUGGACUGGUUAAAGUUGCAUGUUGUAAAUUUAACGAAUUUUAAGAAAGGAACUUCCGUCCAAGAACGCAUCGAAUUUGCAAAUGAGAAUCUAGACAAUAUAUUAGACAGUGCCAACCAACCUUUAACGGGUAAAAUGUGGUGGGCACGAUCGGAAGAACCUUGGCAAACUUUGGCUGGAUGUAUGGAAAUAGCGAACGCGUUGAAAGCACCAAACGUGGAAGAAUACGUAGGCACGUUCCCAAUACAUCAGGACGGAAGUUGCAACGGACUUCAGCAUUACGCGGCGCUCGGUAGAGAUCAGAUCGGUGCGGAAAGCGUGAAUCUCUAUCCUUUUGAUACACCAAGAGAUGUGUAUACUGCGGUUGCGUCUGUCGUAGAAAAUCAACGAAAAAUCGAUUCGAGCAAUGAUCACAAACUCGCGCAAGUGUUAGAGGGAUUCGUGAAGAGAAAAGUUAUCAAGCAAACUGUGAUGACGACGGUGUAUGGUGUAACGAAAUACGGUGCUAAACAUCAAUUCAAUAAUCAGUUGGCUGAUACGGCAAACUUUCCCGAGGAGUAUAUCUGGCCAGCCAGUCUCUAUUUAACCGAGAAUACAUUUCAUAGUCUAAGAACAAUGUUCAAAAGCGCCAGGGAAAUUCAAGAUUGGUUUACAGAGUGCGCUCGAAUUAUUUCCUCUAUUUGUUACGACAACGUUGAAUGGAUUACUCCGUUGGGUCUUCCCAUUGUACAACCUUAUAUGAAACAACCAAAAUUUCAUCGCAAGGGUCACAUUAAAGGCAAUGAAAAACCUGACGUGAUGAAACAGCGUAAUGCGUUCGCUCCGAAUUUUAUACACUCGUUGGACUCCACGCACAUGAUGCUUACUAGUCUACAUUGUAAUCAAGAAAACGUUACCUUCGUUUCGGUACACGAUUGUUUCUGGACUCAUCCUUGUACCGUAGACAUUAUGAACAAGAUAUGCAGAGAACAAUUUGUUGCUCUUCAUUCAGAAUCCAUACUCGAGGACCUAGCGAAAUUCUUUGUAGAACGAUAUUUACCAGUUUACGAGAAUUUAAAAACUGAGAAGCAAAAUAACACAGAGGAGAUACGAAAGUGUUUAACCAAUGUUCCUUUGAAAGGCACUUUUGAUAUUAACAAUGUUUUGUUAUCUACA